UGGUCAUUUGCUGACUUUUAACUGCCGUUCACGCGCCCACUCAUUCGCCACUCAUGCGAGCUUCCUCAUCUAUUUCAGAUGCUUCUCCCGUAUCUGAACACAGAUGGAGACAGCUUUGGUGCGAACGGUGAGAUACGGAGAAACUUGUUGAAUCGGUUGCUAUAAAGCUGGACGAUGUCGGAUACCUCCCACAGUCAUGUUUCUACUUGCUGCAACAGUGAUUUGGUGUAUCUAUCGUAUCCUAUCCAGGCUCGUGUUUCAUCCCCUCAGAGGGUUUCCCGGACCAAAAAUUGCUGCGCUCACAUCGUGGUAUGUAACAUACUGGGAGACAAUUCAAAAUGGAAUGCUCGUCAAGGAAUUGGAGCGUCUUCAUCGGAUUUAUGGUCCAGUGGUUCGUAUAUCGCCUAACGAGCUACACUUCAGUACCCCACAGGCAUAUUUUUCCAUAUAUUCCGGACAUUCGAACGUGAUCAAAGACCCGAACUUCUACUGGUGCUUCAACGUCGAUGAAUCCGUGUUCGCAUUCACUGAUCCCGCUUUGGCGAAAAAGAGACGGGAGAUCCUCAACCCUCUCUUCUCGCGGCGGUCGAUUCUCAAACUGGAAAGUGUUAUCCAGGCGAAGGUCGAUACGCUCACAGGUAUCCUUGCUGAAGAAUACCGUGGUAGACCUGUUGAUCUACACCAAGCCUUCAAAGCCACUACUAUGGACAUCAUCACCGCAUACUGCUUCGCCGAAUCAUUUGAUGCGCUCCACUACCCAAGCUUCGCCCAUCCUAUUCUCCAGGGAAUGGAGGGUGCCACAGCCACGAUGAGCGCAGUACGGCACUUCCCUAUCCUCGCACUUUUGCACCAUCUUCCGGAAUGGCUGAUGAUAAAAAUGAACCCAGAGUCAGUAGGCGUCUUCCGACUGCAAACUGUGCUCGGGAAACAAGUCGAUGGGAUCCUAGCCGAUCCUGGGGUGCUUGACGCUGUCCAUGACACGAUUUAUCAUCAUUUGUUGGACGACGAGGAGAUACCUUCGAGGAAGGCGUUGUUGGCUGAGGCGCAAACGCUCAUCAUUGCGGGAACUGAUACUACAAGCAAUGCAAUGAGUGUUGGUUUCUUCCAUGUUCUCAACGACCCUUUGGUCCGAGCGAAGCUCGUUGCAGAGCUGAAGACUAUGUGGCCGGACAAGAGAUCACCUAUGUCGUAUGAUUCUCUUGAGAAAUUACCCUACCUGACAGGGGUAGUGAAAGAAUCACUGAGAAUGAGUAUCGGCGUGCCGGUUUCCCUUCCAAGGGUGUUACGCACCGAUAUGUAUAUUGAUGGGAUUUCAGUUCCCGCAGGGACUAUCGUCGGAGUGGGGAGUUACUUCAUGUUGAUGAAUGAGGAUAUCUUUCCUCAGCCAGAGACCUUCAACCCUGAUCGGUGGAUUCAAACAUCGCUGGAUAAGUAUCUCGUACCGUUUUCGAAAGGUCCUCGGUCAUGUUUGGGUGUGAACCUUGCGUGGUGCGAACUGUACCUUGUGUUCGGGAACCUUUUUCGAAAGCUUGAUAUGGAAACGUAUGAGACAAGCUCGAAGGAUUUAACUUACCGCUGUCACUUCUUGCCCAUCUUUUGUGGACGACAUUUACAUGCUACCGUCCAAGAAUAUCCAUAGUCUCGAAUCGAUUUGACUACGUGUUCUUAUAUAGUCCUCUUGAAAUCCGUCUGAAAAUUGAGAUGUUACAGAUCAUCAGUAAGAAGCAGCAGAAACAUGCACGGGAUCGCCGG